UUCCAUGGUGGUAAACAAGCUGGUGAGAAAGUGUUUGUGACCAAUGGUCUUGAAGAAAAUUUUGAAAAUGCCCAGAAGACAUGUAAAGAAGCUGGAGGACACUUAGCUAUGCCAAGAAAUGCAGCAGAAAAUAGUGCUGCUCAAGAGAUUCUUCACACUAAGGGAGAGACAAUCAAAGCUUUCUUGGGUAUAUCAGAUUUACAGGUUGAAGGGAUGUUCAAGUACUUGACAGGAGAGAAGUUGGCAUUUACUAACUGGAACUUAGGAGAGCCAAAUAACAGUAAAGACAAUGAAGACUGUGUAGAGAUCCAGGACAAUGGGAAAUGGAAUGACAUUCCAUGCAAUUUACUGCGACUAGUUAUCUGUGAAUUUCAAUAA